AUGACUUCGUUUAAUGAAUAUCCAUUCCUUAAGGAGCUCGGUCUGCAGGAGGAGAACCUCGGUCUAUACAACGGAAAGUGGGGUGGAAGUGGAGACAUUGUCAAGUGUGUCAACCCAUCCAAUGGCAAGGUUAUUGCCCAUGUCAAGGGUGCCACCACUGCAGAGUAUGAGGAGACCAUCCAAGCUAUGUUGGCUGCCAAGACCAAGUGGCAAUUGACCCCAGCACCAAAGAGAGGAGAGAUCGUUAGAUUGAUUGGAGAGGCCCUUAGAGCCAAGAUUACACCAUUGGCCAAGUUGAUCUCUUUGGAGAUGGGCAAGAUCUUUAUUGAGGCAAAGGGUGAGGUCCAGGAGUUCAUUGAUAUCUGUGACUUUGCCACCGGUCUCAGCAGAACCAUCAACGGUCAGGUACUCCCAUCAGAGCGUCCAGGCCACAUGCUGCUCGAGUGCUGGAACCCAUUGGGUCUGGUCGGUAUCAUCACCGCCUUCAACUUCCCAUGCGCCGUGCUCGGCUGGAACGCCGCUAUCUCUAUGAUCUGUGGUAACGUUCAGCUGUGGAAGGGUGCCUCCACCACAUCGCUCAUCACCGUCGCCGUCACCAAGAUCAUCGCCGAGGUCCUCGAGAAGAACGGAUUCGACGGUGCCAUCUGCUCCACCAUCAUCGGCUCUGGCCGUACCGUCGGUGAGCAAAUGAUCCAAGACAAGCGUUUCGGUCUGAUUUCCUUCACUGGCAGCACAGAGAUUGGCAAGAGAAUCAGCUCAGUCGUCCACGGCUACUUUGGCCGCACCAUCCUCGAGCUCGGUGGCAACAACGCCAUCAUCGUCGCUGAGGACGCCAACGUCGACCUCGCCGUCCGCGCCUGUGUGUUUGCCGCCGUCGGAACCACCGGACAGAGAUGCACCAGUCUCCGAAGACUGUUCAUCCACGAGUCCCUGUACGACACCGUCAUCGAGAGACUCAAGAAGGCAUACUCCACAGUCAAGAUUGGCGACCCACUCGUCGAUGGUACCCUGGUCGGCCCACUCCACACUCAGUCCGCCGUCAAGGAGUACACUGAGGGUCUGGAGGAGAUCAAGAAGCAGGGCGGUAAGGUUAUCGUCGGAGGCAAGAAGAUCGAGAAGGAGGGCAACUUUGUCGAGCCAACCAUCGUCGAGAUCAACCACGACGCACCAAUCGUCAAGACUGAGCUGUUCGUCCCAAUCCUUUACGCCAUGAAGUUCAAGUGUCUCGAUGACGCCAUGGCCUGGAACAACGAGGUUCCACAAGGACUCAGCAGCUCGCUGUUCACCAACAACCAGAUGAGCAUCUUCAAGUGGCUCGGACCAACCGGCUCUGACUGUGGUAUUGUCAACGUGAACGUUGCCACCAACGGUGCCGAGAUUGGAGGUGCCUUUGGAGGAGAGAAGGAGACUGGAGGUGGUCGCGAGUCUGGUUCCGACUCAUGGAAGCAGUACAUGCGUCGCAGCACCUGCACCAUCAACUACUCUACCAGCAUGCCACUGUCCCAGGGUAUCAACUUUGAUGCUUAA